AUGGCUGCCAGACUCAUCGACAAACGAUUCUACAACGUUCCCGGCAAACUCCGGGUUGCUGAGCUGUUCUUCGAUGUGCCCAUCGAUUACAGCAAACCCGAUGAUGGCACCCUACGACUAUUUGCGCGGAGUGUUACACGUCUGAAUAAACCUAUUGAGCCCACCCAAGAUGAAUGCAAGGCCCCCCUGGCUUGUGUAUCUUCAAGGUGGUCCCGGCUUUGGGUGCAGUGCCCCGCAGAACUAUGGUAUGGUCGAACCGGCACUCUCAAAAGGGUUCUAUUUCUGGAUCAGCGUGGUACUGGAAUGAGUUCCACCAUCACAGCAGCUACUCUAGCUCGUCAAGGUGAUGCCGUUAAGCAGGCUGAGUAUCUCAAGAACUUCCGUGCAGACAGCAUCGUGCGUGAUUGCGAGGCGAUUCGUCUUGCAGUGACUGAGGAUCUCCCGGAGCAUGAGCGUAAAUGGAGCAUUAUCGGCCAGAGUUUUGGCGGCUUCUGCGCCGUAACAUAUCUUUCCAAAUUCCCCGAGGGCCUCCGCGAGGUAUUCCUUUGCGGUGGCUUGCCCCCGCUGGUCAACGAGCCAGAUCCUGUUUAUUCUCGAACUUACGAGAAGGUCAAAGAGAGGAACCAGGCAUACUAUGCUAAGUUCCCUGAGGAUGCUGCACGAGUAAAGAAGAUCAUGCAGUACUUAUCAGAAAAUAAGGUUGCUUUGCCUACUGGCUGGCUAACUCCAGCUCGAUUCCAACAACUAGGCAUCUUGUUUGGCUUUCAUGGUGGCAUUGACACUGUGCAUGAAAUUGUGCUUCGAGCAUGGAAUGAUCUGGAGAUAUUCGGCUUCCUCACGUUCCCGACCCUGACCACAAUCGAUGGGAAUGGAGGGAUGGACAAGAACAUCAUCUAUGCAAUUCUUCACGAAGCAAUUUACUGUCAAGGAAAACCGUCACGCUGGUCUGCUGACAGGCUUCGUGCCCUCAAACCCGAGUUCCAAAUCAGCGCCGCUCGGGAUAAGAUCUAUUUCACUGGAGAAAUGGUCUUCAAAGACAUGUUCGAGUCGUAUUCCGAGCUGAAGGCGGUCCAGGAAGCGGCAGAAAUCCUCGCUGACACCACAGAUUGGCCUGCGCUUUACGACGAGGCCCAGCUGGCCAAUAACAAUGUUCCGGUCUAUGCUGCCACGUACAUCGAUGACAUGUAUGUGCACUAUGAGCUGGCUUCGAGCACUGCCUCCAAGAUCAAGGGCACGCAGCAGUUCAUCACCAACACCAUGUAUCACGAUGCGCUGCGCAGCAAAUCCGGCGAGGUCAUGCGCCAGCUGCUCAAUCUUCGGGAUGACUCCCUUGAUUGA